AUGUCGCUCUCAAAUUUUAGUGUGGAGCAAUCUUUGAGUAGUCUCAUUCUCCCGCCUCUUCCAGAGCCGGCUGGCCCCCAUGUGCAAGCCGAAACAGGCGUUUCCUCUCAUUCGCCUCUUGAACCUAGCUCACCCUCUAGACUCUGUCAUGAUUCAUCUGAGGCGCAUCCAUCUCAAUCUACUGAGCAGGAAGCUCUGCCUGAGGAUGUGGAAGUCUGUAAUAAGCCAAUUAAAUCAAGUAGUAACCUGUUGUCUCGCCUCAUCUCUUGCUCUCCUAAGCGAUUGCCUAGCGUGGUAACUCAGCACCGUCUUUUUAUCUGCAUGGACUCUAAUCGAAAACAGCUGGCUCUCUCUUCUGGCGCCUUUGCUGUUGUCUUAUCUGCUAUAGAAGCUCUAAAAGCUUCGGGCCAACUUAGGAAUUCUUCCGUAAAUUUAGAGACGCCCUUAAACCAGGCUAAUAUUCAAGAAUCCCGAGACGUAACCAAGACUUUUGAUAAUCGCCUCAAUGCAUUGGAGGGCGGCCACCUCGAGACGGGGGAUGAGGUUUCACCUGGCAUGCCUGAGAACGGCAACGUAAAGGAUUUAAUGGAAUUACUCUCAAAAUUUCUGCUCCCGAACAAGGGACCCAGCAAUGGUGAGGCGUUUUCUGCUCCUACCGAACCCAAACGCAUAUGUCUUUCUACUCCAAUCUCGACUGAUUCAUCUGCAAAUGUGAGACCUGUUCUCUUGCCUACCGGACACCGAAGUGAUGAUACUUGCCAUUCAAUGGGUGGUCCGACUUCCAAGUCUCAAUCUUUUAGCUUGGUAUCAUCUUCUUAUGACCAGGAUUGCGAGGACGAAUCCAUAUCGAUCGCCUCUGGUGCCUUGGCCAGUUCCGAAACCUCUUUGCUGACUUCCUCCAUUUCGACGAUGGGGAACAGUACAUCUACUUCAAUGCCAAAGACGCUUCUUCCUUUGCCUUCGGAUACCGCUUCUCUCGCUUCUGUCUCUUCCGUGCUCGUAAAACCUUCUGGAGGCGAAGAAAUCUUUGAUGCUUACUCGUUGCUCGAACGUCAGGAGAAGGAAGAGCGUGAGGAACGCCAGGCGAAACGUCAGCUCUCCAUCUCUUCAAGCUCCAGCAGUAAGCUAGCCACAGCUCCAAAAACGCGCCGUCUUUCUGCUCUAGCAGAUCUUUAUGGCUUAAAUGAACCUCCUCCACCACCCAUGGUGCAACAGUCAACGCAACAAUCCUCAAUCACGUCCCAUAGUUCAUGCGCUCCAUCCUCAUCCAUUUCUUCAGGCGGUCAGGAAUUUGCCUCAGCAGUCCAGUUAACAAACUCUCUGGGGGGCUAUACCUCUGCUGCGACUGGAUCAUUGGCUUCAAAUGUAUUUUUCACUUCUCCCACUCAACAUACAUCUCAGUCAUUGCAACAACAAUCGCAAUCGCAUCCGCCAUCUCAACAACAAUCUUCGCUUUCUGCUUUUUAUCCGCCUUGUUUACUUUACUACCAGCAGUCAAUGGCAAACCCAUUGUUGGCUGCCCAGGCAGCUACUAUAUCAUCCACUGUUCCAUCUACUGUUAUAACUACCGCCGCCACAACAUCAUCUUCAUUCCUUCCGGCUACUUCAUCACCUCAAGCAAUAUCAACCCUCUACCCUCCUGGGCUUGCCUAUUUUCCCAGAAUGUCAUCUCAACAGCCCCUCUAUUCUUCCUUUUCUGUUACCAGCGAGCCAGCACCGCCCGGAGUGCAGCCUAACUAG